AUGAGUCGACAGAAGCAAGUCUUGCCACCGGGCCAUUUCAGCCGAAUCUACAGGAUCAUUGGCAGAGUCGUCGGGGCUCGGGGUUUGCCGAACACCGAUGCAACAGGCAAGUCGGAUCCGUACUGCGUGGUCAAGGGCAUCCGGUCCAACAACCACAUGGUGAACAUCCAUGUCACUCGAACUGUGCAGAACUCACUGUCCCCAAUAUGGGAGGAAGAAUUCGACUUCCGCAUCCCAGUCGAGUGGGGUUUGGUCGAGCUAGUCGGGCUGAAGGCCAUGGUCUUCGAUGCAGACGAGGUGGCAGUCAGUUUUCUAGGCACUGAAGAUUUUCUUGGCGGAUGCGACAUUGACCUGUCCAAUGCAGUUACGGGCCGUGCGCUCACGCACGAGCUGGAGUUGGCUGGGGUGCCCUUGAACAAGGCCAAGGGCAAGAAGCCGCGACUGACCCUCGUUGUCACCGUCUACAAGGAAGUGGUACCAAAGCCGAAGCCGCCAAUGGAUCUCCUGAUCGAGAGCCUGCAGGUCCUUGAGUACAUCCGGGAGGUGUCCGUCAAAAUUGUGGAAGCGAAGGCCCUGCCGAACGCAGAUCUUGUCGGAUCGAGUGAUCCGCAGUGCGUUGUGCGGCUGAUCCUGGCGAGCGGCGAGAUUCGAGAGCUUCAUCGCACACGGACCAUCAAAGAUGAUUUGAAUCCAAGAUGGGACGAGAUGUGCAGCCAAAAGUUUGGGCUGUUGGAGCAGCCGCUGCUAGUCGUCUUCGACAUUUGGGACGUGGAUGGGCCUGGUCGGGCAGAGGAUGGCCAGCACUUGGGCACGGCGGUGCUGCCACUGUUGGACUGCUUGCCUGGGGUCAAGCGAAGACGCAAGCUGAUGCUGCUGGGCGAGAGUCAGUUGCAUGAGAAGAAGCUCACGCGGAUGGGUGUACCCCGUGAGGUCGAAGAUGGUCGCAUCUCUGAUGGAGAGAAGUCUGAAACAUCACUCAUCGAACCCGAGCCGAAGCCGAAACCUUCCUGCAUGGAAAGGCUCUCGAAAGCAGCUGUUGACUUCAGAGAGAAGGUGAAGAGUGUCUACUACCUGAAGAAGACCGAGAAAAGCAUGUUAACAGUGGAGAUCCGAAGCAGGAUAAAGCAGGAGCCCAUGCCUUUGCUUUGCUAUCUGGGCAAGGCUGUCUACGUUGCUGACGAAGAUGAUGUGGAGCGCGUCAUGGCCUUGCCCGACUGGGAGAAGACAGCUUUCUCGCCUCCCACGGAGCUAACAGUCCGGGGUCGGCCACCUCGAGGGGAGCUCUUCGGCAAGGAGCAGAUCGUCUUUGUGCAUGGCGUUGUCUGUGGUGCGACUGGCCUGCCAUCAGCUGAUGAGAAUAGUUUGUCCGAUCCCUACUGCGUGGUCGAGGCCAUGUCGAGAGGAGCAGAGAGGGUUUUCGUGCACAGGACCCGCGUGCUUCCGAAGACAUUGUGUCCAGAAUGGGGAGAGGCCUUCUACUUCGCUUGCCCAACGACCUUCGAGCUCAACCGGCUGAUGUUCAGCAUCUUCGACCGGGACGAGACCAUGAUCGCCAUGAUCGGUGCAGGCAUCGACCCUUUGGAUCAGGACGAGUUCCUGGGCCGGGCGAGCAUCGACAUCUCUUACCUCCGCAACGGUGAUUCCUUGAUCGAGGACAUCCCAGUGUCUGGCUCGACUAUUGGCAGCAAGGUUAAGACAACGGCAGGCUUUCGUCGCGUACCGACGGUCUCAGUCGAAAUCAGCGUGCAGCGUCGUAUCAAGCCGAUGUAUGGAGUAGCACCUGAAGAUCAUUCGGCCGUCAUCCCGCGCAGAACUCACCGCAUUAGCCGGCAGCCUGGCCAGUGGGGUUUCUCCGACACAUCGCAGUUUGUGGAUGAGAUACCACAGGAGGAGCGUACAGCCACAGAGGUCAUGGAAGCCAAUAAUACGGGCCGCCUCUUAAAAGGCUUAGGUGUCAACCGUUCCAACUGGGUGGCUCUGCCGGAAGCCAUCGACACGUGGGAGCUGCCCCCCCCAGAGGAGCCUGUCCCAGACCUCGAAGCAGAGAUGAAGAAACAUGCCGAGCGCCUUGCACGUGCACAGCAGAUUCCUGAAGGUUUCGACUUCACGCAGGAGCCCCCACCACGGCCUCCCAAGACGCUGCCUGUGCUUCACUCGAGGUUUGCCCAGUCACAGACGCUCUUCCGGCGCCUGGCAAAGGAGCGCAGGUCCCGCAGCCUUACCAGCACGUCGAUGCGGCAGGCUUUCAAUAUGAAAUCGAAGCUGAACAUCGUGGAAAGCCUGAAGAGUUUGUGGUACAAACCCUUGCCAGAGACGCUUGUGCAUCGACGCCUGGAGCAGCACAGUGACAGCAACAGCUCCGCAGGCAGCCCCACCUCGCAGGACUGGGUGCUGCGAUGA